CUAGUACGCACGUAGUCAACAAACAGUCCCGGUUAUCCCUAAGCAGAAGUUUCCUCCUCUCUUUCUCCUACGUGUGUGUAUAUAUCUAUAUAUUCAUUCCUCUUAAUUGAAGUCUUACAUCUUUUUGUUCUCGCUUUCUUCCGUCUCCGCAGGUAAUCUUGUAAGAUGGGUGGAAGUGCGAUAGAUGAUGAUUGGGAGUUUACCUCACCUUCCAAUGGAGUCAGGACUGUGGUUUUAGUUGGACGUACGGGCAAUGGGAAAAGUGCAACUGGUAAUAGCAUUCUUGGACGAAAGUCCUUCAAAUCAAGGGCUAGCUCAUCUGGCGUUACUAGUACUUGUGAAUUGCGGACAACAACGCUCAAAGAUGGGCAAAUUGUUAAUGUCAUUGAUACUCCUGGGUUGUUUGAUAUUUCAGUUGGAUCUGAAUUCCUUGGCAAAGAAAUUGUCAAAUGUAUUGAUCUUGCCAAGGAUGGUAUCCAUGCAGUUCUUGUGGUUUUCUCAGUUAGGACCCGCUUUUCAAAAGAAGAGGAAGCAGCUUUGCGUAGUUUGCAGACUUUGUUUGGAAGCAAAAUUGUUGACUACAUGAUUGUAGUGUUUACUGGUGGGGAUGAGCUUGCAGAUAACGAGGAAACCUUGGAAGAUUAUUUGGGCCGUGAGUGUCCGCAGCCAUUAAAGGAUAUUUUAGUUCUUUGUGGAAACCGGCUUGUACUUUUUGACAACAAGACUAAGGAUGAAACCAAGAGAGCAAAACAAGUUCAGGAUCUUCUCUCACUUGUGAAUAUGGUCAUAGCAAAGAAUGGUGGGCAACCUUAUUCUGAUGAGUUGUUUGUUGAACUGAAGAAAGGGGCAACUAAACUCCGUGAUCAGCAACAAGAGGUUGCUUCUCUAGAAGGCUACUCUAAGCGAGAAAUAUCUAAUUUGAAGGAGCAGAUUGAAAGAUCAUAUGAAGAGCAGCUUAGGCGAAUUACACUGAUGGUUGAGUCAAAGCUGAAGGAGACAACCACGAGGCUUGAGCAGCAACUAGCAGAGGAACAGGCAGCGCGGCUGAAGGCGGAACAGCAGGCACAGGCAGCUCAAAUGAAAUCGAACGAUGAAAUUCGCAAGCUGAGAGAGAAUCUGGAAAGAGCACAGAGGGAGACUGAGGAGCUCCGCAACCAAGCUGAAAGUCGAUGUGCCAUCCUUUGAAAUAGCCAUUGACUCAACAGUCCCUCCUUUUCUCUUAAGCUGUUGGAGUGGAUUAUGUGAUUGCAAAUAUUUCAAUUCUUUAGAAGUGCUAAAGUUAUUUAAAUCCUAAAGUGUUAGUGUUCACACUUGUGCAACUCAAGCUUGUCUUGUUUAACCAACUUAAGUUAUACCUGUGUAAAUAUUAAAGUGUUGAGCACUAUGGAUUAUAUAUGUUUUUACAUCAAUUUAUCAGCCA